AUGUAUAAAAAGAAGAAAGACCCUCCGCUUCAUUCACUUGUCGCUGGGUUACUAGCUGGAGGAGUAGAAGCGACUAUUACACUUUUUAAAGGACCAAUAGAUUGCGCUGUAACUACCGUUCGAACUCAAGGAAUUUUCGCUCUUUAUAGAGGAUUAUCAGCGUUGGUUAUAGGAACCGCGGCUAAAGCGGGAGACGAGAAUGGAAAUGUUUCUGGGCCAAAGUCAAUGCUUGCUGGAUUGGGAGCAGGCAUGACUGAAGCGAUUACAGUUGUGACUCCGACUGAAACUAUAAAGACAAAACUAAUUCACGAUCAAAAUAAAUCUCAACCUCAAUACAAAGGACUUGUACACGGAAUAAAAACGAUUGUAAAAAAUGAAGGAUUUGGUGGUAUCUAUCGUGGUGUAUUCCCAGUAAUGAUGAGACAAGGCGCAAAUCAAGCAGUUCGAUUUUCCACAUACUCAACAUUAAAACAAGAAUACCAAAAAUAUUCUGGACCAGGACAACCAUUACCUUGGUUAGUCACUUUUGGCAUAGGUUCAAUUGCUGGCAUUGUCACUGUUUAUACCACGAUGCCAUUAGACGUGGUGAAAACAAAAAUGCAAGGAUUACACGCUAAAGAAUUAUACAGAACUUCUUUUCACUGCUUCUGGAAAGUGAUAAAAGAUGACGGUGUAUUGGCAUUAUGGAAAGGUGCUACACCAAGACUAAGUAGAUUAUUGCUUUCGGGUGGAAUCAUUUUUACAAUAUACGAACAAGUCAUCACUGUAUUCCGAAAGUUUUCUAUAGAAGAAACAUAA